UGCAAUGCUGACAGUGAUUGCGCAGACACGUCUCCUCGCCAAAUUGCUGGCUGAUCGGAAAUGUGAAACAAAAGGUUUGAAAAGCUCUGAACUGUAUUUGCACAUAUUUAGCAAGUUUCCAGGCAGCGGGAGUUCUAGCGUCAUUGAAUCAUUUAAGUCAUUUAAGGCCAUAGCCUGCAAGAAGUUCCAUUGGAAUAGAGAAAAGCUCUCGUGCCAUUUGCUUUGUGAUAGAAGAUCCGUUCUUGAAGAGUUCUGCGGAGUGUUGAAAGGCAUUGGAGCAUUCAAGUAAUACAGAAGCAGUCUGCAUCAGUCUGCAUGCUACAGAGCAAAAAGCGAAAUUCUUGCCGCGUCAGCCCUCAAGACCUGCUCCUUCACUUGCCUUUGACCUGUGACAGUUUCCAAGUCAUGGCCCUUCGCAGCGUGUCUUUGUUGCUUUUGGUGGUGGUUGGCCUCGCUCAUGAGACAGCACCAUCAAAGCCUGAUGCGACUGCUGCAGUUGGGCCAGCAAACGAGACUAGUUCCACAUGGAGCAACUUCGUAUAUUGCAAGUGCGGACUCACAUGCGUGAAGCAGAUGGGAUCUUGGUACAUCUUCGACCUUGGCCAGUCCUGUGCUUGCCAAGCUUGUCCUGAAGAACCUGCAGAUGCCACAGGACACUUGCGAGGAAGCCAGGAGACUGCGCCAAAGGAGAUUCCAAGCCAGGAGAACCACGAGACAGAGCCCAAGCCAGCGGAAAAGCCUGACGCUGCCGAGCACACCAAGGACACUGAGGGCACCGAGACAAAGUUGAGUCUCAAGAGUCUGAAGAUCGCCCCAUCCACAGAGAAUGAGGACAAGUGGGAAGGUGCCAGUGUGAGCGGUAGCAACAUGCUCUACUGCAAAUGCGGCAAGAAGUGCGCAUAUGGUCGGCAGUUGGGUCUCUACACUUACUACUGCUUCCGCUACGGCUGCAAUGCCUGCUAA